CAAACCCACUUGGUAAAUCCGGAUCCAAAGCCGAAUCCCUAGCUACCCGAUCAUUUUGAAUUUGAUUCAUCUUUCAAUCGUUAAAUUGGUCUUGAAUCCUUGUGGUUGGUAAUAAUUUGAAGAUGAAUAACGGUAUCAAUAAGAAAAGCGGAGGUAAAGAAGAAGAACAAGAUGGAUUAUCGGUUCAUUCUCCUUGCAAAGCUCCCAAUUCGUCUGCUUCUUCUCUUCGAAAGGAGCAAUCCCAAGUUGAUUUGGAGCUUAAACUAUUAGAAGCUCUUGAAAUCUAUCCCCCUGUAAAAUUACAAGGAAUACACCGCCACUUUGUUCUUUACGGUCUAACAGAAUACAUGCGGAGAAGCUUCAAUAGGCAGUUCUCUGCUUCGGAUGUCCUGCAGAUGUUGGAUCGGUUCUACAACUUGGAAAUGCUGAAACCGGAUGAUGAGGAAUCCAGAAUCCUGAAUCAAGUGGAGGAAUUUAGCUUGCCACCAAGUUAUUUUACAAAGGAAGAAUCUUGAACACAUCAUAGCUUAUGUAAAUAGACAUUUUGUCUUCUUGGCCCAAGGUGAAGAUCAAAACUUUGGUGGAGUGGUGCUUUAUAUCUCGAAUUUUAGAAAUAUAAUAUCUUUAUUUUAAAAAGACGACGACAUCAAGUAGCCUUUUAAGACAAAUUGUGUAACAAAACCAUAUAUUGUUUUUUCAUAUGAAAGCUAGGGCUCUAUGUUUUGUAGGUUGCCAACAAAUGUGGAUUAGCAUCUGGCACGACCUAUACUUUUAUUCAUGUCAAAUUCAUCAA